AUAUUAGUUUGAAAAUUUAUGAGUGGCAGCAAAUUUUAAGAGUUCGAGAAUACUCGGCAAAUGACAAAGAAAAGCUUGAAAUACGAGAGAAUUUUAUCGCUAAUGAAGUGACUAAAUCGUUGCCUAACACAUUGCCAAGUUAUUCGGAUUUUAAAUUUGCUAGUAAACUUAUAAAUAUACAAGAUAUUAAAACAUUUUCAGCUACUUUAAAGAAACAUCCAGAUUCUAUGUAUACAAACAAACUUAUAAAUACGGUAGAAAUUAUACAAGCUUAUAGUAGAUCGAUUGAAAUCAAUAAAGCAGAUUCAACACUUUGCCAACUUAGUGUUUCAACCCUUUUAAGCAAUAAUAAUGAUAAUGGCAAUAAUACACUUUCUCGUAAAAGAAAAUUAUUAGAUAUUAACGAUAAUAAUCAUGAAUUUUCUCAUAAAAGAAUAAUAUUAGAUAUUGAUGACAAUUACAAUCAUGCACUUUCUCGUAAAAGAAAAAUAACAGAUAAUAAUG